CGAACGGCCAACGCUAUUGCUGCUAUCUGCUAUACCCGCUUCCCCAGAACGCCGGCGCCCGUCAAUUGCUCAUGUCCGACUGUUGAGUGAGCACGCUCUCGCGACCACUUCUCCCACAAUUUCUCGACACCCUACAUCCUUCUCCCCUCUACAUCUCGAUAUACCCUCAUAGAUCUCGUUCGCGAGUCUUGAGGGGCUGUCGCAAACAACGACGACGACACGCCGGUCGUGGCACGCCUCCGCCCUUAUUCGACAGCAGCUGUUGUAAUUCACCUACGCAAUUCACCUACGCAUACACACAAAAACACACACUCCACCAUCCGCCUCACUCGAAACCCUUCUGCGGUCACGCUGGCAAUGGGCCUGGUUCUGCACUCGACUCGCGAAAUCCACGUAGCUCUUGAUGCACGUAUAACGCCUUUUCCUUUGCCUUCAUCUAUGGCGCGAACUGUCUGCCUGCUACAAGUAUGCUCAGCAACCUCUUGAAUCUUCAAGGCCUCACGCGGUCCCACCCGCGGCAAACCACCUCCUACGAGUCGACCACUGAAGAUGCUCAUACCAAAGCCCUCCUCUUCCCUGAAGCAACCCAUUUCCCGAACGCCAUAUCCUCCGCCUUCGAAGCCUCGAGCCCCCAAAGUCCUGGUCCUGGGUAUGAUGGAAUACAAGGCGAGAUUGAUUUGGAGCAUUCAAGGGACAUACGAAUCAUAAUUGCUCAAGAUGAAGCUGGUUCGACUCCAAGGUGUGCGCUGUUCGAUUCGAAGCAGUCAUUCCCACGCGCCGAUUCUUCAAAGACGUUCAGCGGCCGCUCAGCUCGUCCGUACUCUGUAUACAACAGCAAGAAUGCUGCAACCCCUCCAGCCACUGUACAGGGCCAUGCACGACGCUCAUCCUUGGUCUCGGAUACUUCGACCUCUCGCUCCCCAGCCAGUAGUGCUUUCCAGCGUAUACCCUCUAGAGCAUCGUCCAUUUCGUCCAUGCCUAAUAUCGAUCACUUAACCUCCCUCAACCGCCGACAAUCCGAGGCUGAUGCCAAUAUCCAGAGCACCUGUCUAGACUGCAUGUUUGGCAAUAUCUCCAUGGGCUAUAAAGGCACUGGUAAUAAGCUUCAUAUUAUCCCACUUGAACCGCGUGCGAUAGAUCAAAGCAUAGCAUCCUACGCAUCUGAAGGUCAAGGGUCCUUGCCAAAGGGAGAGGCUCGUAAGAGAAGCAACCUAGCGACUUCGUACACCCCUGCGAAUCCACCUCCAGACAUGAUGAACCCUCGCUUAUCUGCCUCGCCUGACCAGUCAUCUAAAGAGCGUCGACGAACUGUCAUGGUCAGCCGGAUCUUCUCUGUUUCUCUGCCUGACGAAGUCGAAGCUGGCGACAGCACAAACGUCAGUACUCCGACUCCUCAAAACUCUACUUCGCAAGGCAACGCAUUUCCCUUCUCCUCAUCCACUGGUACUGGAGCAUCUACACCAGGAGGUUAUUUUCGGCGUUCGAGAGCACCAAAGUUACCCAUGUAUGGCGUUUCGAUCAUCAUGCAGUUACCGAUUGCACCAAAGCCGCCCAAAGCCUCUAGCAACGUUGGUUCAUUUCCGGGACACGAGUCGCUUGGUUCGUCCGUGGACUCCGACCAACGAGGUGGCUGGUCCUGGGUAGACUCAAGCUUUGGAGUCGAUUCGUUACUCUCUGCGUCCUUCAGCAGCGAUGUAGAUGAUCGCGUCGAGAUUGUUGGGCAACACUGGGAUGUCCUUAUCAGGACCCUUACGAGUCUUCAGUUCAUCGUCCAGGAGAGGGUUCUUGCCCAGUUCAAAGCCACUGACGCGUCUACUGUCAAGACGUCACAGGCUCCUAGGAUGCAGCGGGCUGUAGGUCGAGAGCCCUUGUCUCAGGUCGCUCCACGUCGUAGCUUGAGACUUCAGCCAUAUGCAUUGGCAGCAGAUCAGCAUAUUCAGGCCGCUGUUCGCGCCGCUGGAGAGCGGGUAGUACGUGGAAUGAAAAUACCCCGCGUGUCACUUGGCCAAUCCCGUUGGGGCAUCUGGCGAGAUGAAGCAAGAUGGUUGGGUAAGUGGGCAGGUGGUAAAGAGGAAAAUUUCUUCUUCUUUACUCUUCUCACUGCUUUCUUGGGCCACCACACCGAGUGGCUCAAUGUUAUAGGUCCGAAAAGGUAUAGGAGACUGCACAUCCAGCAGCAAAAGUCUAGUGCUGGAGAGGAUUUGACCAUAUCCAAUCGCACCGUUAUUGUGGGUCCGGAUAAGAUGGCCGCCCGUCGCUUGAUCUUCUUACUUUCUGCCUUUCUGCCUGCCUCUGGCCACGCUCCGUCGUAUGAUGGCGCAUCACCCAUCAGACCUAGUACGUCUGCUUCAGUGCGGGGUUACUCUCAAUCUCCCCCUCAUCAGAUGGCACUGGCACGUCAGAAAUCGCUUCGCAGGACUAUCAAUCGAAGGGGUCGCCCAAGUCAGACACAUUCAAGGCACGUGGCUACACACAGGAACGUUGCGCAGCCUUCUAGUGGCACAAGCGACGAUAGAAGCGAGUCGAUCCCUUUCGAUGCCGAAUAUUUGAGAGGUCAUUCGCGGCGACCGUCUGAAGCACGUUCGACCAUAUCGGUUCAAACUAGCACGCUUGCCUUUCCACCGUUGUCUGAAAGUCCAACUGGUGGGAAGAGUAGCGCAACCAUCACACCGACCGCCGCUCCGGAUGCGCCCAGACCUGUUCCCCAUUUCGCAAUGCAGCGCACAAAUUCCUCGGGUCUGAUGAAUGAUGUAGAUUCUACUAGCUGCGAGAGUAUAGCGUCCUCAAAUCUCAUGCACAACCUCAGACGCACCAGCCACCAUGAAAGACAUCCAAAUCUCGAUACACAGUCUUCCGGGAGCAAAUGGUCGUCUAUCAUGAGCUUCUGGAACGGUGGCAGAAGAUCCUCAUCAAACGACACGAGUGACAUUCUCCAGUCCACAGAUGAAGGACUUGGUAUUUGUGGACAGCCAUACAGAAGUCCACCAGAUGGACGUACCUUGAACAAGCUCGAAAUGAUGGUUCUCGAAGCAGAUCAAGUUAACCAGCUCAGCGGGACUGAUUACGACAAUGAGACGAACGAGGAAGCCGUUGACGAUCAAGCUAGUGAAGAAGCCGUCACUAUCAGUGGUAUUCCCAGCUCUGGAGCCAGGGACAUUCCUCACCGAAAUAAGUCUGUCUAUGAACCAUUGAAGCUAUCUAUAAACGAGAACGAUGGAGUGAUUGAUGUAGACAUUCCACUUCCUGGUUUUAGUGGGUCUCCAGUGCGGUCCCCAUCUAUACCGAGUCUUAAUCCAGGAUCAUUCGGAGGUUCGAGUGUUCAUUCGUCGCAUGGUUCAUUUUGCCAUGGUGAUUAUGAACAACCCAUCAACGUGGCAGGCUGGCUAGGAAAGUUUCAUGCAGAUUUCGAACUACAAGGCGUUAGCCCAUACGCCAAUCUGGAGCAAGAUAUUCGCAAGGCAAUGAGCGCGGAGCCUACACCAGUGAUGGCAGCGAUUACCCCGAAUCUGGAGUCUGGUCCUACGGAGAAGUGGGUGGAUGUUUGCAGCGCUCUGAUUGCAGAUGCGCGCAGCUUUACCGUGAAGCGUCUUCGACUGCGACGCCUCGUCCGACUUGUCCCAAUCCCCAGCCAGCCAGCUAUCACUCCAACGCCGUUCGCCAUGGCUCCACCUCGUUUGCCGUUCACAGACCCUUACCAAAUCAGUCAGACACCUCCUCCCGUACCCAUGUCGGAAUUGCAUCUAGAAGAGAAAUUUACGGAGGAGUCUGUCAUGGACAUUGACGACACUCUGGCUGAUGCUAUUGAGCGUGUUCUUGCUCAUAGUGGAGCUUCGUCCCGCGCACAAUCACAACCGUCAUCACGAUCCGGCUCAGUGCGUGGGCGCAAAGGUGCAACAGAUGUCCCCACGCCGCCUGUGGUGGAAAUCCCUCGCACCGAAUGCAGGGAUCUCGUCUUCGGAGCUUUGGAGCAAAUCGUCAAGAGCGUACAAGAGGAACGGACUGCGAAUAAUCUUGCCACCGAGCGCAGGAGCCGCAGCGCAGAAUCAACCUUACGGGAAGGUAUAAAGCGUUGGCUGACCGAGGUGGAAUGAAUUCACCUCGUCUUUCUUUCCUUAAGUCGUGAUACCAGUCUUUCCUAUCUUCAAGCUAACGGCCGCUUUCCUAUGACAUGCAAGAGGGAAUAUAGAGAGCAGGGUCAAAUAGAUCUACGAAGGCUUCGUUGUAAUGGAGCCCGUUUGCGUCGAUCAGUCUUGUUUUUACUACUUACUGCGUUUGAGCGGGCGUUUUGGAAUUUACCUGUUUUACAUACCCAGCAUCCGAGCUCACAUAGGGGUUUUUCAUAUCACUCCCUUGCACCGUGACGAACCCCCCGUGCAGGGAGACGGCCGAAAUCACACAUAUAGAAGAAACACUAGCAAUGAAAUUAUUCUAGAUGCA